CCCGCCAGUUUUUGGCGUUUUGGCUGUGUUUGGCCCGUUUCUCGAUCGCGAGUUUACCAGCACUCACACUGCGUGCGUCCGGUGUGCACUCGCCGCGCCCACCGCGAAGAAACGAUGGUAGAGGGCCCAGGAGCCACCAAAAAUGCUCGCAAUGCGCGAAAGCUCGUGGGCUGCCGUCUCGCAUCCAUCGAAGGGAUCGACAGCGUGCCCGUCGGUGCGCGACUGGCAGAAGUGCUCUGCCUGGGGAAGGAGGUGUGGCUCAUCUUCGCGUCUGAAGCCGCGGCCGCGACCGGCGACGAUUCGGACGACGUCGUCGAUCUGUGCGGCGGCAGCGACGACGACUCCGUCAUUGACUUGUGCGGGAGUGACGACGCCCCCACGCCGCCGCCGAAGCAGGAACACGCGGUGCGCGUCCACUUUGGCAUGAGCGGCUCCCUCAAGGUCGAUGCGAAGACGCCCGGCUACGGUGCGCGCGCCCUGCGCUGCGCCUUCGACGGAGGACGGACUCUAGACGUCUUCAACGUCGGCGAAUACGGCGGCGUGCAUGCGGCGAGAGACGUGGAAAAGGUGCGCGAGAAGGUCUUCACGCGCACGAGCUUGGACGUUUGUUCAGAAGCUUUCGAUCCGGCUGCGGCGGCGGCGCGGCUGGCGCGCGAAACGAGCACCGUCGCCGUCGCCGUCAUGAACCAGGGCGUAUCGCCUGGCACGGGCAACAUUAUCAAAAACGAAGCCCUCCAUAGGGCACGCGUCGCGCCGGAUCGAAAGGUCGGCGACCUCUCCGAAGACGAAGUAAAAGCCGUCGUCCGCGAGCUGCGAAGUUACGCGCGCGCCUGGCUUCAGGGCCGGCGGCCGCCAUUCCUCGUUUAUGAUAAAGCUGCGUGCGGCGACUGCGGCGGCACCGUGUCUGUGUCCAAAGGCGCAGCGACGGCGGGGCGGGUGACGUUCCACUGCGCGGCGUGCUGUGCUCAGACGACGUCGCCGCGGCCGCAGAAACGUAACGCAUUCGACGUAUUGGCGCAGCCGCCACCGAAGCGCCCGCGCACGGAGCCGGCGCCGGUGCGCAUGCGCGGCCACUCUUGCAAGAAGCCUCUGGAAAAAGUGAAGCGGGUCAAGAAGACAAAUGAGAACGAGGGCCGCCUCUUCUGGUCGUGCGGCCGGCGCGAUUGCAAGGCCGAAUUCAAAUGGGCCGACGAGUCGUUCCCGAAGUGCGGCUGCAAGAAAACGUCGAUCCUGCGCAUCUGCAAAAAAACGGGCCCGAACGCUGGGAGGUGGUUCCACGCGUGCGGUCAGCGCAAGUGCUCGUUCUUCGAGUGGGCGACACGCGAGAAACUAGACGCGGCGCUGGGGGACCAGCUGCGGCCGCUCCUCUGAACCCUUCACGCCGUCGACGCGGCGGCGAUGAUCCGCUCCUAUGAAUGUGCUAAGAUUGUGCACCCUUAUUGCGU